GUCCUUCCGGGGGAUGGCGGAGUCGCUGGCGGAGCUAGUGGAGGCGCUGACGACGGCCGGGGGGCCGCAGCCGGAGCCCGGCAGGAUGAAAGAGCUUAAGCGCCGCUGCAAGGCAUCUCCGGAGGAGGUGUCAGCAGCCUACCGGCUGCUGCUGGGCCAGCUGUCGGCAGAGCAUGCAGAGGUGCGGCUGGGUGCCUUCCUGGUGCUGGAGCAGCUCUUCUGCCGCUCGCACGCCCUCCGUGCCCAUGCCGCCGCCGAUCUCCCCCUGCUGCUGGAGCUCACCGUGGGCACUGACCUCGAUCGCCCCCUUCCGCCGCCCGCCCCCGCCGCCUGCCAGCUCCGCCACGCCGCCCUCCGUGCCCUCCGCACCUGGCACCAACGCUACAGCCAAGCCUACCCCCAGCUCCAGCUUGCCUGCAGGUUCCUCCAGCACAACAAGCAGGUGGACUUUGAAAAUAUAAGUGCUGGAACUGUAGUUGAAAGAAGAAGGAAUGAAGAGAGACAGAAACGAUUGGACAGAAUUUACAAAAACAAAGCCCAAAGAGCUGAAAAAGAACUGGAAGACAUGUUGCCAGAGAUUGGAGCUGUGCUGACAGAGAUGGAGAAUUGCUUUCGGCUUCUCAUGCCUGAUCCGUUUGACUUCACGAUGAAUGAUACUGACAGUGCACCUCGGAGGACUGCUGAAGGUGACCAGUCUCCCCAUUCAUCUGCCCAGGCCGUAGAUCAUCAGGUUCCUUUCCUUGAACAGAUGGGAGAUGAGCAGCCCUGUUGCAGCAGGGACCUUCCUCCCAUCUCUCGAGCGCCAGAAGAUGAUAACAGAGACUCCGAUAGUGAAAGAGAGGAGGACACUGGCAGAGAAGAUUCUUUAACAUCUGAAUUGACUUCUGGUUGUCCUGGUGGGGAUGAUGAUGAUGCAGCCUUUGUUCGCAGUUAUGGUCUCGGCUCCCAUAAAUACGCUCUCAGUCUUGAAAUCUCUACAGAUGUGAAGCUGCAGGAAAAUGAAGACAACACAGCCAUAAUAAACGCUGUUACAGAUGCUCACAAACUCAUCAGAAACAAAUUCUUGCCAUCUGUACAAUCUUGGAUUCAGUUGUUCACGAGAGCUGGAAUAAGUGAUGAUCGUCUAAGAAAAGCUAUUGAUCUUAAAACUAAGUUGGAAACGGCAUUGGAGAAACAUAAGGAAAUGAAUAUUGAAUGUAAAGAGAAGAGGAGGAAAGUGCUGAAAGCCUCUGACGAUAGCAGUGAUGAUGAGGAUUUUGUGGAAGUCCCUGCGAAGGAGGGCUAUGAGCCUUGCAUUCCGGACCACCUUCGGGAGGAGUACGGCCUGGAACCGCUGUCACCUCCAAAAGCUGUAGGAACCAAGACUGCCACAGAGAGAGAGCCUAAACAAAACGAAGACGAACUCGAUCCAACGUGUGCCGCUGCAACUUGGAAAAUGGUCCAUGAUAAACUACCGAGAGUGGAAUCGCCAAAUACCAGGAAUUCCGAAUUUGCAGCUUCGGGGGAGCACAACAGAAAACGUGAGGAGGAGCAAUCCAGGGCUCCAGUCGUACCUUUUGGAUUAGAUCUUUUCUACUGGGGGCAAGAACAGCCAACCGCUGGCAAGAUUCUUAAAGCUUCAUCUCAGCAUCGCUUUUGGGCACCCAGUGAGAUGGAAGAAGAGGUGGAGAACAAAGAUGUUGCAGGGAUGCUGAAGAGCAGGUGCAUCACCUUUGCUGGCACGUUUGAGCCAGUGCAGCACAAGUGCCGGGCCCCAAUGCCGAAAGGGGGUCUGUGUGAAAGGCAAGACAGAGUUAAGUGCCCUUUCCAUGGAAAAAUAAUCCCACGAGAUGAACUCGGGAACCCUGUUAAUCCAGAGGACAGAGCCAGGGAAGCAAGGAAGCAGUUUGAGCAAAAGGAGAAGCAUCCAGAGUGGCAAGAUCCAGAAUUCAUGAGAGAAGUGGAAGCAGCCACAGGGGCUGACCUUGGGUCUUCUCGAUACAGCGGGAAAGGAGGGAGAAACAAGGGAAAGAAAAAGAAAUACCCCAACCUCACAGACCUGAAGCAGCAAGCAAAUACGUCUCGUUCCCGCCUUGGAAAGAAAGUUUUUGAUAAAGCGGCCGUGAAACGAGUGGUGAAAGCCAUGAAUCGAGCGGACCAAAGGAAACACGAAAAGUUUGCAAACCAGUUUAAUUAUGCCCUCAACUGAACUGCGACCCCGUUGGCAAGGUCCCGGGCAGGGCUGCGACGCACUUCUUUAGACGAAUACGGCAAUUCGUCAUUUUUUAAUUCACUGUAAUUUAAAGAUCACACAGUUGACAACGAGCAUAAAUUUAUCGAAAAGAAUUCUGCAUGCAACAGAUUGGUCACUUUUUGGACUCUGCCUUAAACAGAAGCUUUGCGACUUGCAUGGGAAGCUCCUGUCGUGUUACAAAACAUGCAGAAGCCAGAAUUGUUUGGGGAGGGGGCUUGGGUAGAGGGGGUAGAGCGGAAUCAGCUUGGGACAAAUUUGUUUUUUCUUCCCUCUCUCCCCCCCCCGCCCAUUAAAUUGUUUUAUUAGGAA